AUGGAUCAAGUGCACGUACUAUCAGCUAUAUGUAAAAAACUAAACAAUGAUAUAGAAUCUAUUGCUAAUCAAAUAUCAUUACGUGAAACAGCGUUAGUUAAAUUAGAUGCUAACCAAAAAGUGCAAGAUGAUCAACUUCGCCAAAUGAAUAUAGAUCUACAAAGUAAAUUCUCUAGAACAGAUGCUAUUUCUCAAAAAAUCAGAUCUGACAUUGAACAAUUAUCGAAUGGACUUCGAGAAGCAAUUAACAAUCAACAAGAAUUAAAUCGAUCAAAUGCUCAACGUAACCAAGAAUUAAAAUUAGAAAUUUCAGCAUUAAGUCAACGUAUUGAUCGAUUAUUUAAUGAACAGCAAGUUAUUUUACGUACAUUUGAAUCUGAUACAGCACGAGCUUUAUCAACAACUGAUUCACGAUCACGUGCAUUUGUUGAUGAACUUCGUAGUCAAAUAUUUCAAUUAAAAAGUCAAGACGAAAAUGAUAGGGAACGAUCUGAUCAAAAACUCAAUCAAAAACUUGAUGAAAUCAAACGAUCUGUAGAAAAAUAUGAACGUUUUGAAAAACGUAUUGAAGAUGCUAUACAACAUUUUGAACAGAAAAGUGCUUCUUUAGAAGAUCAUUAUAAACGAGCUACAUCAAGUUUAAAUCGAAAUAAUGAAUCCAUAGAGCAAGCUGUUUAUAAACGUUUCGAUGAUAAAUAUCAACGCACAGUAGCUAGUUUAGAAAAAGUUAAAAAUGAAAUGCGAACUUGUUUUGAAUCACUUGAAGGCUCAGUUAAAACAUUACAACGUGUAACAGAUGGACGAAUUAAAGUUACAGAAGAAAAAUUUGAUAAAGAAGUAGAAAAACUUCGUAGUUCUCUGGUGCUUAUUUAA